GUCGCUCUUUUCAUUUGCUUGUCUUUAAUAUAUAUGACAGAGCGAAUGAUCACUGAAGGGAGGGAACUAAUGUCCCCUGAGGCGCAGUCUGGCCUGUUUGGCACGGCGGAUGCGCACGACAAAUGGUCAGAUCAUAGUUUGCUUCCCGAGAUAAACACGUUCUAGCAGCGACCAUAGCUCAUGUAGUUAGACUUGAUUAGAUUCUAGUGUUUCUGUUUCAAAUCAUAAAUCUUUGCUAGGGGACUUUACGCCAGGACGGAUUCAAGCAGGGUGUACGCGCUAUAGCGGAGUGCGCGACUUUGCUCCCUAAGUUUGGAGAGCAGACGACGACUGAAGAGCGUCCGGUGCGCCCGUUAAUUACAGUCACAGUGAGGCGAUUAUUAAGUGGACCUGAAGAUGAACGACACGGACGUGUUUUGCAAAAACAACCAAACCGAAAACUUGACUGACCCGUCAUGCCUGAUUUCGACCCCGUCAUCUUACAGCCACAUCGACAUCACCACUUUCAUGCACAUAUUCCCUUCAAUUUAUGGCAUCCUGUGCUUGGUCGGAGUUAUAGCCAACGGACUGGUCAUCUACUCGGUGAAAGCAUGCAAGAAGAGAAUGGUAUCGGACAUCUACGUGUUGAACUUGGCAAUAGCCGACAUGCUGUUCUUGCUUGUGAUGCCCUUCAACAUUCACCAGCUGGUCAGAGACAGACAGUGGGUCUUCGGAAACUUUAUGUGCAAAGCGGUCGUGGUGGUGGACGUGAGCAACCAGUUUACCACGGUGGGAAUUGUUACUGUGUUGUGCAUUGAUCGGUACAUAGCUAUUGUGCACCCCACCUCAGAGAAGAGGACCAUCCAGUGGACCAUCAUCAUCAACAUGCUGGUGUGGCUUGGCAGUUUCCUCCUCACCGUCCCGGUCAUGAUGUAUGCUAAGGUUGUGCGCAGGCAGCAUUUGGAGGUGUGCAUGAUGUACCUGGAUGGGCCCGAGGACAUGUACUGGUACACCCUCUACCAGUCCAUCCUGGGAUUUAUCAUCCCUCUCAUCAUCAUCAGCACCUUCUACUCACUCACCCUGUACCACGUCUUCAGCUCCAUCCGUCGUGUCAAACGUAAGCAGUCUGUUUGGGCCAAAAGAGCCACCAAGAUGGUCCUAAUGGUCAUCGCCCUCUUCCUGAUCUGCUGGUCACCCUACCACGUCAUCCAGGUGAUAAACCUGACCAAUAACACCCCCACCGUUGCCUUCAUCUACGCCUAUAACAUCAGUAUCUGCCUCAGCUACUCCCACAGCUGCAUCAACCCGCUCAUGUUGCUCAUCUUUGCCCAGAACUACCGCGAACGUCUUUGUCACAGGAACACACAACACAGCUCCCAGCAGUCAUCCAAGAUGACUGUGGUCAAAACAGAUGGCUCCAGCACCACCAAUGACCCCAACCACCGCUGUACUGUCAUCUAAUCAGAAAGAUGUCUUUUUAUAUAUACACAUGUAAAUGAUUUCCUGCUAGCCCCAAUGGUGUUAGUAACGUUCUUUAUUCAAAUAAUUAAGUCGGAUUUUGACAUCAUAUGGAAAAAAAAAGGGUGUGAGGUUUGAACAGCAGCAUAAACCAUAACACAAAAAGUGAAAUGCAAGUAAUGUCAAAGGUUUCCAAUGUAUACAAUGCAAUACUCGCUCACAAUCACACAUUAUCAUGUCACUGAAUCAUAAUGAAGAAUUCAUUGAUACAAAUUGAACAUAAUAACUAUUACUAUUGUGAAUGUAAGGACUGUAUCUCAUGAUUUUCUUUUUUCCACAACAAAAUGCACUUCACAUGCUGUACCUGAUAAUGGAGCUGAACAAUGACGAGUGAU